AUGAUGAAGCUUCUUCGUUCAAGUUCAAAUCCAUGGCGUGGAUAUGCCAUUUCUCGGGUUUUUGGUGCACUAUUCUACUCCACUGAGGUGCUGCCCUCCUCCUCAUCACCCCCGUUUGAGCUUCUGCACAGUAGGAUUUGGCAGAUUCGAAACCCUAGGGAUUCCAUUCUGCCAGUGCUCCGUCAAUGGCGGGUAGAAGGGGGAGACGUGAAGCAGCCCGAGCUCCAAGGUUUCAUCAAGCGGCUCCGAGGGUAUCGUCGCUACUGCCAUGCUCUGCAGAUUUCAGAGUGGAUGAGCGAUGAAAUGAAGCAUGUUCUGCGUCCUGGAGACAUUGCGGUGCGGUUAGAUUUGACCUCAAAAGUCCAUGGGCUUGAAGAAGCCGAGAGGUAUUUUGAUAGCAUCCCAGAGUCAUUAAAAGUGGUUCCUGUGUAUGGUGCUCUGCUGUAUUGCUAUGCAAAGCAUAAUUGUUUGGAAAAGGCUGAGAGUGUUUUUGAAAAGAUGAAGGAGUUGGGUUUUUUGAAAGUACCAUUGUGUUAUAAAACCUUUAUUCUCAAAUGGGUAAACAUGGAAAGGUAG